CCGCCAUCUUAGGGGUGUGCUUAUCUCCGUCCCYGCGGUUCGCAACUGCCUCUGUUUUGGGAAUACGUGUUCUGUCCUGGCUGUGUGGAGCUGAGGGAGAGGUCCCCGUGGUGCUGGAGUUGCUMUCACCUUGGCUGGCAUUCUGAGGGGACAAUGUCCAACGUGCCGGUGGCUGUGGUGACGGGCUCCAACAAAGGGAUUGGCUUGGCCAUUGUGCGGGCCCUGUGCAAGCAAUUCCCGGGGGAUGUGUACCUGACAUCCCGGGAUCCCGGCCGUGGCCAGGCAGCCGUGGCACAGCUCCAGGAGGAAGGGCUGCGGCCCCUCUUCCACCAGCUGGAUAUUGAUGACCUGCAGAGCAUCCGAGUGCUCCGGGACUUCCUGAAGGAGAAGUAUGGAGGGAUCAAUGUGCUGGUGAACAACGCAGGGAUUGCUUUCAAAGUUAAUGACACAACUCCAUUUGCAAUCCAAGCUGAGGUAACAAUGAAGACAAACUUUUUUGGAACCAAGAAUGUUUGCACAGAAUUGCUGCCUCUUAUGAAGCCUUAUGGUCGGGUGGUGAAUGUCUCCAGCAUGGUGAGCUGCUCAGCCCUGGGACGCUGCAGCCAAGAGCUCCAGCAGAAAUUUCGCAGUGACGCCAUCACUGAGGAUGAGUUGGUGCAACUCAUGAACAAAUUUGUGGAAGACACCAAGAAAAGCGUCCAUGAGAAGGARGGUUGGCCCAACACUGCCUAUGGGGUGUCCAAAAUUGGGGUCACGGUCUUGUCCAGGAUCCAAGCRCGGAUGUUAAAUGAGAAAAGGAAAGGUGACCACAUCCUCCUCAAUGCCUGCUGCCCUGGCUGGGUGAGGACAGACAUGGCAGGUCCCAAAGCCACCAAGUCCCCAGAUGAGGGGGCUGAGACCCCCGUUUAUUUGGCCCUUUUGCCUUCUAAUGCUGAUGCUCCUCAUGGCCAAUUUGUCAGUGAGAAAACUGUAAAAACCUGGUGAGCUCAGGAGGGUAGGGAUGGAAAGGUGCCUGAUCUCAUUGACCUGAUUUUGCCCUUAAUUCCAUCAUUGCCAGCCCUUUUCCCACUCCCCCUGGGAUGGAUCUCAGAUGUGGAGCUGGGAUGAGGAAGCAGGUGCCUUAUUAUUUCUCAGCACAGUAGGUCUUUCCAGGGUCCAGCACUGCUUSUGGAAGCUGUACAUGUUUUCCUAAAGAGGAUGAGGUUGUUUCAGAGCUACAGUGUUGUCACCAGUGUGGGGGGAGACUCAUAAGACCAGACCAGAAUCACUGUUGUGAAGACAUUCCUUACUAUCAGAACUAAAUGGAAUUAAGUGAAAAUAAAAAAAAGCACUGAUUAACCAUUUAUAGCCRAACAUAAUCUGUUGGUUAUAUUAAUAUGUCAAUAAAUAAAUAAUUACUGUUAUAUAUUAAUUCAACUGGCUUAUUCUGGUACUAGAAACUUUAAAAGUUUGAAAAUGUAUUUUCAUUUUCUGCAGCUAAGUUUGUGGCUUGAAUGUGUGAUGUCUGCACUAGAUAAAGAAAAAAUAAACUAYAGACCUGACACAGCAAAGUGUUCCUCAGUUC